AUGGCUGCAGCCUGUGUGAUCACCUUCUUCUUUGAUGCUGUAUUCCUCGGAAAAGUUGCUUUUAAUGCGACAGGAUUUGCAAGGGUAAAUGUUUUCCUACUCCUAUAUCAGCUUGGUCCAUUUGCAUGGCUUGAUUAUUGUAACAUGAGAUACGCUGUUUUCAAACAAACACUUGGUUUCGUUGCCAUUCUCCCAAUCACACUUCAGCGUUCUAAUCUAAGAGAUAACAUUUGUGCCUAGUUACUGGUUGCGUUUGUUCUAAUCAUGCACAUUUGCCGGAACACCACUUGGUCAAUACCUGCAAGAUUUCCCUCUGGUGCUGAUUGGCUCCCAGACGAUACUAGUUGCAGCAUGGCAGAUUCAUGAAUAUUGCAAGAAAAGAAGGACAGAAAAGCGACUUGAAAAGAAAAAGGAAUCCAGAGUGACUGAAAACAACGCCUUGACAGCUCUUGUACAGGAAGAGAGACAUCCUAUUCUCUUCUUGAUUGGUAGUCGACGGUCUAGUAGCAGCUGGCUUUUUAUACUAAUAUCUCGGAAAGCAAAGUCAUAGCAAAAUCCUACCCUACUCAUAUCUUGAAAAGUUUUGCGCCCAUCUUAGACAAGUUUGGCGAUCUUUCUGGAGGAGAUAUAUGCGCGCAUUAGUUGGUCACGUGUGCGAGUUCGUGGAAAAGAAUCCCGUUUCAUGGUGGGCGUUAACGAGGAGCGGAUCAUUUUUGAUCGAGAGCAAGUCUUCCAGUGUUGUAAAGAAAACACUGUACCGCUAGUAGCAGUAUUUGAAGCCAUCAUGGAUGUAUUUACAGUCCGUAACGAGUGUAACACAUGGUUGUGCAAGUCAAUUAACUAUGGCAAGUUCCAUGAACAGCUUUCUAUGCACUUUGGAUCCAGGCUUCGUUAUGUUUACUUACAUCGUGAUCCUAGGGAUGUUUGCCUGUCGUUCUCAAAGGCGCCAGUCGGUGAGGCACACUAUUACCUCAAUGCUGAAACCUGGCGAGAUUUGCAAGAGGUUGCCAUUGAUUUACACAAUUCCGAGCCGGAGGGAACCAUGCACCAGUUAAGCUACGAAGCACUCCUCUCGCACAAACAAGAAACUUUGGAUUCCCUUUUCCAGUUU